CGAAAGAAAGGAAGGAAAAAAGUAACAAUAAUGGCGGUUUUUUUACUGAGUGAUUGGAGCUCGGGAGGGGAGAAGGGGCGAAGAAGCCACAGAGCGAGCUCCCUCGCUUUCUCUCUGAGCUCUCUCUUGAUCGAUUGGUUUUGAUCCGGCGCUCGAGAAAGCGUUCUUUGAUGCUGAAUUGCUAUCGAGAAUGCUCGGUCCGUGGCGAUUCGUGGCGUUGGAGAUGGGGAUCUGGGGCAUCUAGGGUUUAAGAUGAGGUCUCUGUGAGCGAGGAGCUCGGUCGGAGGUCUUCGGAGCUCGUGAUUUGGUUUUUCGUAAAAAGAGCUGGGUUUCGUGGUCGGAGGCUUUGUUUUGGAGCUUUUAUUGGAGGUUUGGAGAGGCUCGGGUUCGGAAUCGAGGGGUUUGUGGAGGGUGGAGCUCGUUGUAGUGCUUCUCGAGCUAAAGGUAUUACUUUGAGCUGUUAGGGGAGUUUCUGAGGGGAGAUCUGGUGGGUUUCUUUGGUGUUUCUGGUCAAAUGCUUGAGUUUUCCUUUGAGCUUGGGUGGUGAAAGCUGGAAUUUUUUUGAGGAAGUGCCGAACUGGGUGAAAGCUUGGGAUUUGCUGAGCGUUCGGAGCUCUCAAGAGAGAUUUCUUGGCUGGUUUUUUGUCGGGAUUUGCUUGCUUGGAUUACUUGGGUGAGAGGUAUUUGGCUACCACUUUGUUCGUUUUUCUGGUGCUUUUUGAGAUUCCGGCUGAGGAAUUCUGUGGUUCUUUAGUUGGAAGUAUUAAUACGAAGGAUUUGGUUGGAGUUUCCUGUUCGGAGGCUUGGAAACGCCAUCCGGUCCAUAAUCUUGGGUCAAGUCCAUCGGCUUUUGUUAACAAGAAUCAGAAAUUUUGGUGGAUUUCUUUGGUUUUGAGCUUGGGAUUUGUAGGGUUUUAUGCGCGGUAACUUCCUCGUAACGAAGACGAUGGAUUGGAAGCUGUAGGACUUCGAAGUUGAAGGCGUGGACCUGAUGAGAGUGGAAGCGAGCGUUUCUUGUAGCGGACCUGGCUUUGGAUGAAGAACUUGGCGGAUUUUCAAGCGGCUUUUGUCACCAAAUGGAGGUUUUGAUGCCAUCUGUUGGGUCCUCUUAUUUUGUUGUGUGGGCUUUAGCUGGGUGGAAAAACAAGAGCGUCCCACUGGGGUGAAGAAAUCAAAGUUUUGAAUAUACCCACCUUGGAAGAGGAAAUUUUUAUGGUGGUAUGAUAACAGCUAAUCGAGAGGAAGCCAACAGCAGAGAUUCAUAGUCACAUGGAGUGUCUUCCCUUCAAGAUUUCAUUUGUUUGUUGAAGAUAGGAGGCACCUGUGGUCCUCAGGUGUCGUUCCCUUUAGGUUAAGCCUAUUCAUAGUUUCAGGAUGAGGCUCUCGACAUCAGGACUUCCGCAACAGACACAGGAAGGGGAGCAAAAGUGUCUGAAUUCGGAGCUAUGGCAUGCAUGUGCUGGACCACUUGUGUCUUUACCUGCUGUUGGAAGUCGUGUAGUGUACUUUCCACAGGGCCACAGCGAGCAGGUAGCUGCAUCUACCAACAAGGAAAUUGAUGCUCAGAUCCCAAAUUAUCCAAACUUACCUCCGCAGUUGAUUUGUCAGCUUCAUAAUUUGACUAUGCAUGCAGAUGCAGAGACAGAUGAAGUUUAUGCCCAAAUGACAUUGCAACCAUUGAGCCCGGAAGAGCAAAAAGAUCCGUAUCUUCCCGCUGAAUUGGGUACUCCAAGCAAGCAGCCAACCAACUAUUUCUGCAAGACCCUGACUGCAAGUGACACCAGUACUCAUGGUGGAUUCUCUGUUCCUCGCCGGGCAGCUGAAAAAGUCUUCCCUCCAUUGGAUUUUUCCCAGCAGCCUCCUGCACAAGAAUUGAUUGCAAGGGACAUUCAUGAUAAUGAGUGGAAAUUUCGUCACAUUUUUCGCGGUCAGCCAAAGAGGCAUCUUCUGACAACAGGAUGGAGUGUUUUCGUAAGUGCAAAACGACUGAUUGCAGGUGAUUCAGUCCUUUUUAUCUGGAAUGAAAAUAAUCAGUUGCUUCUGGGUAUUCGACGUGCUAAUCGACCACAAACAGUAAUGCCUUCAUCAGUAUUAUCAAGUGAUAGCAUGCAUAUUGGACUUCUUGCCGCAGCAGCCCAUGCUGCUGCUACAAAUAGCCGUUUUACUAUAUUUUAUAAUCCGAGGGCAAGUCCUUCAGAAUUUGUCAUACCAUUAGCAAAGUAUGUUAAAGCAGUUUAUCACACUCGUGUUUCUGUGGGGAUGCGUUUUAGAAUGCUUUUUGAGACAGAGGAGUCUAGUGUUCGCCGUUACAUGGGCACAAUCACAGGGAUCAGCGAUCUGGAUCCUGUGCGUUGGCCAAACUCACAUUGGCGGUCUGUAAAGGUUGGUUGGGAUGAGUCAAUUGCUGGGGAAAGGCAGCCGAGGGUUUCCCUUUGGGAGAUUGAGCCUCUAACAACAUUUCCGAUGUAUCCAUCUGCUUUCCCUCUUAGACUUAAACGUCCAUGGCCAUCAGGACUGCCCUCUUUGCAUGGUUGCAAGGAUGAUGAUGUUCGUCUGAGUUCUCCACUUAUGUGGCUUCGGGAUGGAGACCGCGGGAUGCCAUCUUUGAACUUUCAGGGACUUGGAGUGACACCGUGGAUACAACCAAGACUUAAUGCUUCAAUGCUAGGUCUCCAGCCUGAUAUGUACCAAGCAGUGGCUGCAGCAGCACUGCAGGAGAUGAGGACUGUGGAUCCUCCAAAGCAGACAACACCAGCAAUUCUACAUUUCCAGCAACCUCAAAGCUUAACUAGCAGAUCCACUCCUCUAUUAGCAAGUCAGAUUCUACAUCAAAUGCAACCUAACUCUCAGCAGGCCCUCAUUCAGACCAUUCAAGAAAGCCAUGGUCAAAAUCAAACUCAGUCUCAGUUUCUUCAACAUCAGUUGCAGCAUUGCAACUCAUUUGGUGACCGGCAGCAGCUGCAGCCAGCACUGCUUCAGCAAAAGCAGCAGCAUCAACCACAGCAGCAGCAGCACCAACAGUUGCAACAACAGCAGCAGCAGCAGUUGCAGCAGCAGCAGCAGCAGCAGUUGCAGCAGCAUCAACAGUCACACCAGCAACAAAUACAUCAGCAGAAGCAGCAGCAUCAGCAGCCACAGCAGCAGCAAAUACAUCAUCAGCAGCAGCAGCAUUUGCCGCAGCAGCAGCAUCAACAGUCACAACAGCAGCAAAUACAUCAGCAGUUGCGCCAGCAGCAUCAACAGUCACGACAGCCGCAACACCAGCAAAUCCAACAGACACACUUGUCUAAUCAUCAGCAAGUUCCUAAUGCCGUCUCGAGCCUGUCGCAGCUUGCCUCUACUUCUCAGUCCCUGUCUUCAUCCUUGCAAACAAUAUCUUCAUUUUGCCGUCAGCAAAACUUUCCAGACAUCAAUAUUAACCCAGCAUCUACAUCUGAUGUCUCCCCUCUGCAUAAUAUUUUGCGCUCAUCAUUUUCUCCUGAAGAAACACCAAACAUUCUUAAUUUGCCAAGAACCAGCUCAUUAAGCACUUCAGUCACAUGGCCAUCCAAGCGAUUAGCGGUUGAAUCCGUGCUUCCUGCUGAAUCUCAGGGUCUGCAGUCCCAGGUUGCGCAAUUAGGCCAACAAUCAAACAUCUCUCAGCAGUCUGUCACUUUACCACCAUUUCCUGGGAGAGAUUACUCUCUUGACCAGGAAUGCAACACAGAUGCUCAAAACAAUCUGCUUUUCGGUGCCCAUAUAGAUUCUUCGUCUCUCUUAAUGCAGAAUGGGAUGCCAAACCUCAGGAGUGUUGGCAGUGGCACUGAUUCCACGGCCAUGCCAUUUCUGACUGCUGCAGGAACAGAUUUCCCAUUGAACCAGGCAUUAACGAGUUCAAAUUGUAUUGAGGAACCUGGAUUCUUGCAACCUCCUGAAAAUGUGGGCCAUAUGAACCCACAAAAUGGAACCUUUGUUAAGGUUUACAAAUCAGGGUCCUAUGGAAGGUCACUGGAUAUUACCAAAUUUAACAGCUACCCAGAGCUGCGAAGUGAGCUUGGGCGUCUGUUUGGACUUGAAGGCCAGUUGGACGACCCUAUGAGAUCAGGCUGGCAGCUUGUAUUCAUCGACCGGGAAAAUGAUGUUCUUCUCCUAGGCGAUGAUCCCUGGCAAGAGUUUGUCAAUAAUGUCUGGUGCAUAAAGAUACUCUCGCCCCAGGAAAUGCAGAUGGGCAAAGGAGGAGGUGAACUUCCGGGCACAGCCCCAAGCAGGAGGCUCCCAAGCAGCAGGUAUGAUGACUAUAUGAACAGGCAGGACUCGAGAAACAUGAGCAAUGGAAUAUCUUCUAUGCUGCCUCUGGACUACUGAAAGAAAUAUAGGAGGAUAGGGAACAUGAGAUCCCAUAACUUUGAAGUCUCGGCGGACCUCCGGCGCCGGCCAUCUUGUUGUCUUGCCCUUCAUGCGCAGGACUGGAUCAAGUAGUUUGGUCUAUGUAUGUCUAAUAACUGUGUUAUAUGGUAAUCCCACGCAACUUUGAUACACAUGCCGCUGUGGUUUAUCCGAAUAUGAUUACCCGAAGCUAGCCAUUUUCAUAAUCUU